GUUCGGUGUGGACUCGGACAGAAUGGAUGGAUUUAUUUCACACAGAUCAGCUUCACUACAUAAAUCACUUACUCGCUUCAGAAGGGACUUCGGGGAAUGUGACGCGGGGCUUUAGCUGGAGAAGCGCCGUCUUCUGCUCAGGAUGAAUCCCGAGUCCUUGGACUCAUUGAUCCAGAGCUGUCUGUCUGCCCUCUACCCACCGUUUGAGGUCACGGCCUCGACUGUCCUCGGCCAGCUCUUCCAGGUCAUCGAGGGUCGUUACCACGGAGACGCCCUCCAGUGUCUGACCGACUUCCUCAUCCCUGCCAGGCACCUUCUGGAGAGCGUGCAGCAGGCGGCCUGUGCGCCGUACCCUCAGAGGGUGUUCCGGUUUUCCGGGUGGCCUUUGUGUUUACACGAUCGCAUCGUGAUCCAGCUCGCUCCCGUUAACCCCUUGCUCCUCAAACCAGGAGACUUUUACCUGCAGAUCGUGCCGUUUGGAAACCAGGCAGCCCGUAUUGUCGUCCAGAGCCUUUUGGAGGUGGAGGAGGAACGUGAGCUGCAGGAAACCCCGAUACCCGAGAACUCUUACCCCGACAUCUUCACUGAAGCCUGGCUUCGGGAACUCAACGAGGGCAGACAUGGAAGAACUCUGGCUUGCUGCGUCCUCAAAACCCAGCAGGGCAUAGUCAAGGUUCCCUGGAUAGAGGUGGCCAAUCCUGAAUUUGAAGACAACCGGAGGAUGGCCUCCUCGUCUACGUCAAACCAACCAGAAUCUUUGAGUUCGUGCCUUCCACAUACAUCUACUCCUUCUAGUUACUCAGUCGAGACGAGGAUUCGUCCUGCGCGGGAUGGUAUAGCAGUAUCCUUGCGUUUGGUAGACAACAGCAGUAGCUCCAGACACGCUGAAAUGGAUCCAGCUCAGUCUGCGAUGCGUCCGGUGGGAUGGGUGUCUCCAAACACGUGGGACAGCAGAAGUCCAGUUGGCAAUUGCAAAGAUCUAAUGGACCUUACCAAAGAAACUCAAGGAUACUCACAGACUUGGACUCAGACUCAUGCUCCUCUGCUGAGGUCCAACAGUGCUUCUCGGGAACGUACGGCUUGUGUUCGCACCGUGAGGUUCGCAGAGGAACCCUGCACGCCGUGCAUGCAGCGGAAACACGGACAAGGGACCAAAGCUCAAAAAUGCCGGUAUGCGGAAGCGCAAGAGAAACCUAUUAAACCCAAAGAAAGAACUGAGCAUCUGAGUAUCCUUCACAGAUCUGCUCAGGGGAAUCCGGCUUGCUGCAGCUCCUCAGAAACAGGUCCUUCAGGUAGUUACUCCAGUAGGGAUCAAACACACAACAUUUCUCAGGACAAGAUACACUGUUUUACUCCGGCUGUGGUUGGGACGUCUGAGAAGUGCCACAUUGUUGUCCAAGGAGAGACAAACGAGGCGGACAGAAGCAGCUACUUUGAAAUGAUUCCCAGGCUGCAUGUGGUUCCAGGGAAGAAGAGCACCGCUUUUGGACUCGUGUCUCCCAAGAUACAAAGAAGACGUCUACCAGCUCAAGAUCUCUCUCAGGACUCAAAAACUCUGUCCCCUCCUGCUACUGGACCACGGAUAAAUCUCUCAGACUCAUCAGCACAAGCUGAAACAGAGAGACCACCAUCCAGAUCAUCCACACCUCCUGCACUUACAGCCGACGGCCUCUUUCACUCAGGAAUGAUGUGUCUUACAGGGGGUCAGGACCGGUCAGGCCGAGCAGUUGUGGAGAUUUAUGGAGAUCAUCAGGUCUGGGCUUCUGCAACCAUUUCAAGCCAGGAGAUCUGCAAACUCCUGCUGUACUUCCACACCAUCACCAGGAAAGAGAAAGAUCUAGGGACGACGGUGGUGUUCGAUGCACGGAAGAAGCCGCCGCAUCCAGAGAUCGCCAAAGCUCUCCUUUUGCUCCAGGAAGUCGAUGCUCGUGCUGUGCACUGGGUUCUGCUGCUGCUGAAUAAGGACAACAGCCACAGUCAUGAGAAAAGGCCCGGGCUUACGAUGGAAACUGUGACGUCGCUUAAAGCUCUUUAUAAAAUAGUGGACGCCGGUCAGCUGACUGCGGCUCUGCACGGAUCCUUUCAGUACAAUCACUGUGACUGGCUACAGAUCCAUCAGAAACUGUAUCCGUUUGUGUCAGAUCUUCAGGAGGCAUCCGCUCUGUUAUCAGGAGCCAUAAAGACACUGGAAGGCGUUCAUAAGAUCGACACAGUGCAGGACGUGCAGCAAUGCAUCGAGGAGCAGGGGGCUCUCAUGAAGGACGUGCUGGGAGACGCACGAUUGGUCGGAUUGCAAAGAGGAAGCGGAACCAUGCUGGCGAGGCUGAGGCGGGAAACUGAAGUGAGGUCACCAGACUGUGAAAAGAGCCGUGAGGUGAUUGACACCGUCACACAUCUGUACAACUCCAUGGAGGAGCAGGUGCACAUCCUGGCCAGGAAGUCCAACAUGUCCCUGCAGCACCUGGACUUCCUGUUACAGCUCAGAGAGAUGGAGUCCAGGUUUGCAAAGAUAAAGGACUGGUUCGACACAGAAGGAGAAGCGCGGCUCCAGCAGGCUGAAUCUGUGGAAGACUGCAGCGAACGGAUCCAGCAGACGCUGCAGGGCUUCAAAGCUUUUCUCUCCGAGGCAAACGAGAGAAAGCACCAGGCGAUGAUGCUGGUGUCGGACGCGGAGAGCGUUCAGGGGCCAAACUAUCCCGAGACGGAGGUGUUUCACAGGAUGGUGUCCGUGUUUAAAUCCGGUCUGUCUGACUUUGUGUCACGAGCCGAGCGCUGCUGUGAAGAGCUGAGCAUGAUGGUCUACAUCUGCCACUUCUGUGAGAGGGCAUCAGCCGUGGCCGGCGACUGCAGGCUGUUUCUGGAUCAGGAGCAGUACCUCAGCUCUCCGGACGAGGAGCGCUGGACACAUCUUCACGCUCACCUGCUGAGAUUAGACGAGUUUUCCCCCGAGCACUUCCAGGAGGCGCGAGCGCAGGCCUGCUCCAGCUCCAGAGCUCUUCAGGUGUGGGACGCCGCCUGGAUCCACUGCCAGGAGACCAGGAGACAGCUGGAGGAGAGACUGGGGCUCCUGGAAGGGGUUCAGACCACCGCUGGACAUCCCUCCGAUCGGCCCGAGGUCCUUCCAGCACAAGAGGAGCAUCCGUCGGAGAGCCGGGCGAGUCGGGCGAGGGACAGCAUUCACGGCACCGUCACCUGCUUCAACUUCAGAUCCAGCCACAAAUCCCGGAAAGAGGCCAAAAGCGCUCCGACCGAAGGAGUCUCCUGCAGACUGCGGCCAGAGAGGCAGAAGAGCGUCCCAGGAGCAGAAACCCGUGGCCGGCUCGAGCACGGUGGGCUGUCAGUGGUUCCCUUGGCAGAACGCGGCCGGCAGAACCGGCAGCAAGGGACCCGAGCUCCUCAUCACAGAGCCCGUCUUCUCUCAGGCGGCCCGAGGAGAGGCCGAGGUGAUCCCAGACGGCUGGAGAACGGAUGGAGAACACGCUGCAUCCGACCCGAGAGCCCAAACGCAACCGUGAAGCUUCAUCGCAUCAUGGAGGAGCUCCUUCUGACGGAGGCGGAGUACGUUCGCUCUCUCGGCUACAUCUUGACUCACUACUUCCCCCUGCUGUCCCGGCCGGACGUCCCCCAGGAUCUGCGCGGACAGCGGGGACGCAUCUUCGGGAACCUGGAGAAACUGUACGACUUCCACUGCCAGCACUUCCAGCGGGACCUGGAGGCCGGUCGGUCGGAGCCGCUCCGAGUCGGCCGCUGCUUCCUCCGUCACAGAGAGAGUUUUGGACUUUACGCCCUUUACAGCAAGAAUAAACCCCAGUCUGACGCUCUAAUCCAGCAUCACAGAUACUUCAAGCGUAAGCAGAUGGAGUUGGGCGACAGCAUGGAUCUCUCAUCAUAUCUGCUGAAGCCGGUCCAGAGGAUCAGUAAAUACAGUCUGCUGCUGCAGGAGAUCCUGGACGAAUGUGUGCCGGAUCAGAGCGGAGAACGAGAGGAGAUCCAGGCGGCUCUAGAGGUGGUGCGCUUCCAGCUGCGGCACGGGAACGACCUGCUCACUAUGGACGCCGUCCGCGACUGCGAUCUGAAUCUGAACGAGCAGGGCCAGCUGAUUCGACAGGAUGAAUUCUGGGUAAUCUUCCGCAAGAAGCGUUCCCUCCGGCGAGUGUUUCUCUUCCAAGAUGUCAUCCUCUUCACCAAGACCAAAAAAAACGACCGUGGAGAUGAUGUGUAUGUUUACAAAAUGUCCAUCAAGACCUGUGAGAUUGGCAUGACUCACUCGUGUGGCGUGAGCGGCAGGAGUUUCGAGAUCUGGUUCAGGAGGAGACGCUCUCAGGACACCUACAUCCUACAGGCCGAGACGCGGGACGCCAAAGAGGCCUGGACCAGAGACCUGGAGCACAUACUGUGGGAACAAGCGCUGAAGAGCAGAGAGCUGAGGAGACAGGAGAGGUUGUUCAUGGGAAUGGGCUGGAAACCCUCCGACAUUCAACCUAGAAACGCAGCUGUUAGCAACCACGCCGUGAAUGGUGAUGUCACAGGAAGAGAAGUUGUAGGAAUCCUUAAAAGACCCAAUCCCUUGGUGUCCAGCCUUCAAAGGGGCGUGGCUUUACCGCGGCCAGAUUCGAUUGGCUCUGGCAGCAGCACGUCAACCGCAGGCAGCCUCUCAUCGUCCUCGUCUGGGCGGGGCUCCAUGUCACCCAGCGUCUUCCAAGGAAAAUACGAUUCCUCUACCGAUAACACAAGUUUAUUUAGCUGUGCCGACCAUAACUGCCCCACGCGGAGAGCGUCUGUGUCUUCACUGCUGUACUCCAGACCUUCAGCGUGUCGGUCGUCUCCGGCUCACGCUCUUCACUACAGCUCACCUGGCCUGUCCAGGAAGAAGCUCGGUCCACAAACAGACGCUCACGGCUCUCUAAAGUGUCAGUUUGAAGAGCCGAUUCGUUCCAAGGCAUCAACUGAAGUUUAGCUGUGAUUGAGGCACGCUCGCAUCUCUCCAGAAGCGGAUUACUGGACGCUUCAAGCGAGAAACUCGUGCGAGAUGCCACCGUUUGGACACACCUGAUGAAGAACAAACCUGAACGGAGCAAACGUUAGAUUUUGGUUUCAAUGAAUGCUGUGGGAAAGAAGAAAAGAACGCGAUGUAGACCAGAUCUGCCAUUACGGACCAGUUCUUUACUUCCGCUACCGACCAUCUGAGAAAGACCUAGAAGGACGUUCUCCUGGAAAAGCUUUAUUGUGCGAUAUUUAGCAUGAGACGAUAUUUCUUGAGCUGUAAAAAUGUAUUUUGAAAUCAGAUGCAAUGUAUAAGCGAUGUUUAACAUUAUAACUCUAAACAUCUGUUCUAUCAUGAUCAUCAAACGUCCCAAAUGUUGUGCUUUGUACAUGUAUCCAGCUUAAAAACCCCAGUGUGGUUUAUGGGUUCAGGGAAUUUUGAAAAUAUAUACACACACGAUUGCUUGAAAGUGCAUUUUGAUUAUUAAAAUUUGACUCUCUAUAGAUUACACACAUCAUGUGUAAAACUACUGGACUGUUUAUUUCGUGUAGCGUCGUAUACUAGAUAUCAGUACCUUAGCUGUGAGAGAGAGAAAACUGUAUUUUAUUAUUUAAAAGAUUUAUAAUAAAUAAACGGUCGUUAUAAUUUGCUUCGUUUUACGUCUUUCUUUGGAAAUAUAAACAGCGAGACAUUGGCAGCCAUCAAACUCUGUGGUUUUAAUAUCACUUAAAUAUUUUUGUUUUAGAUUUUUUUCAGUUUUUAUUUAAAAUUUGUUGCGUUUUUG